AUGGGCGAGUUCUCAACCACUAUCCUCUCAAUUCUCAGAAGGGAGGCUCCGGACCAAGGAGGCUUGUUAACAGGAAAGGAUCCAUCGGCCUUCAAUACUUCAGAUCCUAUACGGCUAUGGAUUAUUCAAGUAGGUGUCAUUGUCGGAAUGGCGUCCUUCCUUUCUCUCGGUCUCCGAAAGAUCAGGCAACCUAAAGUUAUUGCGGAAGUCCUGGGAGGUAUUCUUCUCGGGCCCACUGCUUUUGGUCGUAUACCAGGUUUCACAGAGCACGUAUUUCCCUCUGAUUCUAUCCCAUACCUCUCCCUUGUCGCCAACAUCGGUCUCUGUCUAUUUCUUUUCCUUGUUGGACUCGAGAUAGAUAUGUCUAUCAUUCGACGCAACGCUAAACUUUCCGGAACCGUUGCUCUAGCGGGUAUGAUCAUUCCUUUUGGCGCAGGAGUGGGUCUCUCGAAGCCUCUCUACAAUCAAUUCAUCAAUACCCCAGACAGCGGUCUCACAGGAUUCGUCAAGUUCACAUACUUCAUGCUGUUCACGGGUGUUGCGUACUCGAUCACAGCGUUUCCUGUGUUGUGCCGUAUCCUGACAGAGUUGAAACUCCUAGAUACUACGGUUGGUGUCGUAGUGCUCUCCGCGGGUGUAGCAAAUGAUAUUAUCGGAUGGACCCUCCUUGCCCUUUCCGUCGCCUUGGUCAAUGCCGGCUCAGGUCUUACCGCACUGUACAUCCUACUUGUCUGCGUGGGCUGGGCAUUAAUUUUGCUGUUCCCAGGAAAGAUGGCUCUGCAAUGGCUUGGACGUAAGACAGGCUCCACAGAAGGACAUGGGCCUAGUAUGUUUUUCAUGACAGUCACAAUGUUGCUCCUCUUUGGUAGUGCAUUCUUCACAGACGUCAUUGGUGUCCAUGCUAUCUUUGGUGCCUUCCUCACAGGAAUCAUCGUUCCUCGUGAAGGCAAUCUACCCAUCUAUUUGACGGAGAAACUGGAAGAUAUGGUUUCUAUCAUCUUUCUUCCCCUGUACUUUACCCUCUCCGGUCUCUCUACCAAUCUCGGUUUGCUUGAUAACGGUAUAACUUGGGGCUACACAAUCGCUAUCUGCGCCCUCGCCUUUACCGGCAAAUUCGGGGGCUGUUGUCUUGCUGCUCAUUAUGUUGCCAAAUUUAACUGGCGAGAGAGUGGCACCAUAGGCAGUCUCAUGAGUUGCAAAGGAUUAGUGGAGCUCAUCGUGCUGAAUGUCGGGCUUUCUGCUGGAAUACUUAGUCAGAGAGUGUUCUCGAUGUUCGUCUUGGAAGCGCUCUUGUUGACGUUCAUGACGACGCCUCUGGUAACGUUGUUGUAUCCACCCGAAGCACGUAUCCGCGUCGCAGCUACUGGUGCUAAUUUCAAUAACGUUGCUGAUAGGGACAACAUGCUGGAACCAGGAAGCAAGCUUGAUGUUGAGGAUAGGAAAGGCUCUUCUUCUGAUGAGUCCUCGGACGGCGAGGAACGAAUGAUGAAGACUCGCUUUACGGUAGUUCUCGAUCGGAUUGAACAUCUACCUGGGAUGAUGGCUUUGACGCAGAUGAUCAAACCUUCCCUUGUGUCUCUCCAAUCAUCCUUGUUGCCUGUAGCUCCUUCCCAGCCUAUACCCGACUUGCAGCAAGUCACCCCUGCAAGUGAAAUUUCAGGCGGUGCCACGCUCGUCUCACCCACCCCGGUAACAAUUCCCACUAUCGCCCUUCCUCCAUCCCAGCCCCUCAAAGCCAUUGAUCACCACAUCUCCGCUCUCCGUCUUGUCGAACUUUCGGAUCGGACAUCCGCCGUGAUGAAAUCUAUGUCCAUAGCUGCUCACCCAGAUCAUGCAACGGUGCUCGCUCAGUGUGAUCCGAUGCUGAGCAUUUACACCACCUUUGCUUCUCUGAAUGAUCUGAGGGUUACUCCUGCGUUAGAGACAGUGCCGUUCGAUGAUCUAGCGCGUGCCGUCGUAGAUUUUGCCCGGGAUGCAGGAUAUUCAACAUAUUCGAGUAGCGGGCGCACCGGCGGAGAAAUGCUUCUUCUACCCUGGUUACCUCCAAUCGUUGGACAAACUCACGGGCUCGAAUCACAUCCCGUAAGCCCUGCUCCCAGUACAGCCGUGCAUAACCCCUUCGACACGCUCUUUAAUAGAGGAUCAGGCAUGGGAGGUGCUUCAACUCCUGUCCCAGGCUCGCAUGCAAUUCAUUCUAUGGGUGAUAAGUUAUCAAAUUCGGUCGCUGCUACCAUCCACUCCCAAUUCGUUAGGCAGGUGUUUUCUAAAGCAACGGUAGACGUAGGACUUUUCAUGGAUUUGGGCUGCAAACAAGCCGCUGCUGCUGCUGCUUCCACAGGACUGUUCGGGAUUUCAAAGCCGUCCUCUUUCGGUGGUGUGGAUCACAUUCUUCUUCCCUUCUUCGGAGGACCGGAUGAUCGCCUCGCUCUAGCGUUUGUUGUUCAACUGUGCGAAAACGAAAAAGUCACCGCGACAUGUUUGAAAAUCACUAAAACAGAGGAAGUAGAUGCAGAGGGCCCCGCGCUUGUGCCGAAUGCUCAUCUAAACCCGGAUGAUGCGAAGAACGUUGUACCCCCGGAAACUUUAUUGACAGUAGCGUCUGCCUUCUCUGCUCGUUCUGCUGCAGGCUUCCCUGACACUGUUUACGGACAUGCGAACACAGCUACCCGUAUGCAGUCUGAGACCGCAGAUCACCUUGCAUGGGCCCGGUUCGCCAAUGCCACCGAGUUUACAUCCUCAUCCUCAUCAACUGGAUCUACAUCAGGAGCUUUCCCCUCUCGUGCUGCUUUAUCUCGGAUACGUUUUCAAGACUUGUCUUCUCCCGUUCCGUUACAUAAGGUAAUCGCUGAAGCCAAUCGCAUACGUUCGUCACAUAACUCUGGGAAGACAAAAGUCCUGGUUGUUACCGGAAGGAGCAGACGGCUCGCGGUAGAGAAUCAUGCAAAAGAGAUCAAGAAACUAAUGGAGGAACAGCACAGUCAUGGACUAGGUGUAGAUGUGCGGAAGACAAUCGGAGACGUAGCAUCGUCAAUUGUGAUUUCGGGAUGCGCAGAGGAGAUACUCGUCGUACAAGCAGCCGAUAUCGAUUCAUAG